CCCCUAGACUAUAGUCCAUACAUCAAAGAUAUAGACGGACCCGUCCAUAGUCUAGCUUGAUAUAACCUAUUGUAGUUAAGGGACCACUGUACCACAUAACAGCCUAUAGAUUGAAACAUAGUUGAUGCCAUGUUUCAAUCCAUCAUCGGCAAGAACGGGACAGAAUCACCCGAACCUGUCAAAGCAGAAGUAACAGGAUGUGUUCCUGAGUGGCUACAAGGGACAUUGCUGCGCAAUGGGCCUGGUCUCUUUAAAGUGGGAGACACUGAAUACAACCACUGGUUUGAUGGCAUGGCCUUAAUUCAUAGUUUUACCUUCAAAGAUGGUGAGGUGUACUAUAGGAGUAAAUUCCUGAGGAGUGACACCUUCAAGAAAAACACUCAGGCAAACAAGAUUGUUGUGUCAGAAUUUGGGACCAUGAUCUAUCCCGAUCCCUGCAAAAACAUAUUUUCAAAAGCCUUCUCCUACCUUCUCGCUGCCAUCCCAGACUUCACAGAUAACAACCUGAUAAACAUCAUUAGAUAUGGUGAGGACUACUAUGCCUCAUCAGAAGUCAACUACAUGAAUCAAAUUGACCCAAUGACCCUAGACGUAAUUGGAAAGAUGAACUACAGGAAUCACAUUUCUCUGAACUUGGCGACUUCACACCCUCACUACGACGAUGAGGGAAACACCUAUAACAUGGGAACUGCCCUCAUGAGGUUUGGCAUGCCCAACUAUGUCAUCUUCAAGGUUCCAGUAAAUGCAUCAGAUAAGGAGCAUAAGAAGCCUGCCCUGCGGAAGGUGAAGCAGGUCUGCAAUAUACCGUGUCGCUCUACCCUCUUUCCCAGCUACUUCCACAGCUUCGGCAUGACAGAGAAUUACAUCAUCUUUGUCGAGCAGCCAUUCAAACUGGACAUCCUCAGACUGGCCACAGCUAUAUUUAGAAGCGUCAACUGGGCCAGCUGCCUCAAAUAUGACAAAGAGGACAUUACGCUGAUCCACCUGGUCGACAAGAAGACUGGGAAGGCUGUGUCCACCAAGUUCUACACAGAUGCCCUGGUGGUUUUCCACCACAUCAAUGCCUACGAGGACGACGACCAUGUAGUGUUUGACAUGAUCACCUACAAAGACAGCAAUCUGUAUGAAAUGUUCUACUUAGCGAACCUGAGAAAGGAAACCCAUGAAUUCAUUGAGAGCCACAAGGACAACUUCUCCCCACCAAUCUGCCAGAGAUUUGUGUUGCCUCUCACUGUUGACAAGGAUACUCCAAAAGGAACAAAUCUUGUGAGGCUCAAAGACACAACAGCCAAAGCAGUGAUGCAGAGAGAUGGCUCGCUGUAUUGCCUGCCUGACACAAUAUUUGAAGGUUUGGAGUUGCCAAGGAUGAACUACAAAUUCAAUGGCAAGAAGUACCGUUAUUUCUAUGGCUCAAGAGUGGAGUGGACUCCACACCCAAAUAAGAUUGGGAAGGGGGACAUUGUGACCAGAAAGUACAUUGAGUGGACAGAAGAGGACUGCUACCCCUCUGAGCCUGUGUUUGUUGCCACACCAGGAGCUGUGGAGGAGGAUGAUGGAGUCAUUUUGACCUCAGUCGUCUCACUCAAUCCAAAGAAAUCCCCCUUCAUGCUUGUCCUUAAUGCCAAAACCUUUGAGGAAAUUGCUCGUGCCUCAAUCGACGCCAGCAUUCACAUGGAUCUGCAUGGGCACUUCAUUCCCACACAGAGCACCAACUGACAUAGCCAGCAGAGGGCACGAUUGUACCGUAACAUUGUAGAGGGCAAAGUAUUACUCCCAACCAUAUAAAGUUGAUGUCCGUGCCCCCCGUGGAAAUUAAAUUGGCAUAAUUUGCAUAAUAAACAAAAAUCCCCAUCAAAAUCCUUCAGUUUAAAGUAGAGAUAUCUGUUUUGUGUGGUCUGCGUCUCAAUCCACCGCAUCCGACAAUGACGGCCUUCCACAUCUGCGGUAGAAGGUGGCAGAGCUACAAGAUCAUGUCUAGAUGGGAUACAGAUUGUCAAACCUCAAAAGGUUGUCAAACCUCAAAAGGUGUCUUUUUAAAUCCUAUUUUUAGACAGAGAACGAUUGUAACACACUAGGCGUAGUGGGUGCGGAGUCAGGGGCAGGAGGCAGAAAGUUCAGAAUAGCGCUUUAUUACGCACAGGGAAAAGUAGUACUCUCCACGAAACUGGGCGUAAUCAAACAAAUGCCCAAAAGAGGUAACUAAACAACACGCACUACCACACGUCAACACAGUGGGAAAAAUAAUCAAGCCCGCACAAAGAGCAGGCGGGCCUACCGGCUUAAAUAGCCCAACUUAAAAUCUAAACAAGAAACAAAUCAGACAAAUCAGACAAAACCAACAGAAAAGGGAAAAGGGAUUGAUGGCAGCUAGUAGGCCGGUGACACCGAGCGCCACCCGAACAGGAAGAGGAGCCACCUUCGGUAGGAGUCGUGACAACGAUGUAACCUCUAUUUUUCUAAUCAGGAUGUAUACAAUAUAGUUUUGUAUGUAAAAAUAGUUUAUAAUAAUGUAUUAUUAAUAAUAAUGUAUUCAUUCCAGUCUAUCCUGGUCACCCUAUUGUACAUUUAUAUUGCGUUUCUGUACACCAGGUUAUUAAGGAAAACAAUAGUGUAUGGCAAAGCAGUUAUGCCAUUGUUAUUAUUUCUGUGGCAUUGCUUUCACCAUUACUUCUCUCAAAAGUGAGAACUUACAGCACUUUCUGCGCACAUAAUUACCUCAUUCAACAACAUUAUGAUGAUUAUUACCAUGAGUCACUACAGUGUACUUACAUUAGGUUUGUAAAUAUAUAUUUGAAUAUCCAUUACAAUACUGUGUUUAUGAAAUAUGUCAUACUUUUAUUUAAUUCACACAAAAAACAUGUAUACUUUGAUUUAGUACAUUCUAGAGGAAGACUGAAACAAGACAUUAAUGCUCUAAAGUUCGUUUAACAGUUUGACAAUUUGCUGUGCAUUAAAUGCCAGUUAUAGUUUGUUGUUGUUAAUGUUAUGUUUUUUUUUUAAUCAUGUGUUAGUCUGAGUUUGAUUCUGUGAACGGAUCCCCUGAUGUCUGUGUAAUUGUGCAAUUGAACUAUUUGUCUUUAAGUCUGACCGUGUCAUCACCUUUUAAUUAAUACAUUCUAAAAGGAACAUAUUGUUUACAACUACAGUAAUACAAAUGGCUAUUUAUUUAUGUGUAAUAUAGUCCAACAACAACAUGGCUGUGCCAGUAAAGUAAAUUUUUGCUUGCUAACAAAUAAAAACUUCAGGGAAAAAACAUA